AUGACAACUUCAACUUCAGGUCAAAAACCUAUCACCUCUUUGUGGUUCUCUACUACUUUUUCAAUCAUUGGCCUUGGCUCCAAUCUAUUUGCUUUUUUUGUGUUAGUUAGUGCAUCAAGAAAAACUCAAAGUCGCUCACGGUCUUCUUUCCUAAUAUUCCUUCUUGGAUUGGUGGUAACAGAUUUCAUGGGACUAUUAGUAACUGGUAUUAUUGUGGUGUCUUACCAUAUUACUCAUUUUGAUUGGCAGGCGUUUGAUAAAAAUUGCUAUCUAUGUAAUUUUUUUGGACUUUCUAUGGUUUUUUAUGGACUGUGUCCUCUUCUUCUUGGUGCCUCCAUGGCUGCUGAACGCUUCUUUGGUAUAAACAGACCUUUUUCACGUACUGCCAAUAUUUCCAAAAAAAGAGCUUGGGGUAUUGUGAUCAUAGUUUGGAGUUUUGCUUUCUUGUUGGCUUUAUUGCCAGUUAUGGGCAUUGGGAAAUAUACCUUACAAUUUCCAAAAUCCUGGUGUUUUCUAACUCUGCUGCAAGAUUCAAAGAAUAAAGCAUUUGGAUUAGUAUUCUCACUGACAGGCAUAUUUGCUGUCUGUCUCUCUUUUAUCCUCAACACUGUCAGUGUAGUGACUCUGUGCAGAGUAUAUCAUGACCGUGAGUCUGUUCAAAGAAGAAGGGACAGUGAAGUGGAAAUGAUGGUCCAGCUCAUUGGGAUCAUGAUCAUUGCUAGCCUGUGUUGGCUUCCAUUAUUGGUCCUUCAGCAGCGUGUUGAUGUAACAUGUGGAAAAAUUCCCAGAGACACAGAAAAACUACUCUUAAUAUUCCUUCGUAUUGCAACAUGGAACCAGAUACUAGAUCCCUGGGUUUAUAUCCUGUUCAGAAGAGCAGUGUUAAAAAGGAUUUACCCUAGUUUACAUUCCCGUCUAUCCAUUAUGUCUUUAUAUCCAACACUUACUGCUUCAUUACGCCGCAAGUAUACUCAAGAAUCUGUAAUUAAUUAA